AUGUCGCUGAACGGCUGGCAUAGAGGCGAACACGCGAUUCACCGUAAACUCGGGACAGACAACGAUUAUUCCGUUGCAAACUUAUACCGCAACAUCGAUGGCGAUUUACCAGAUGAUCACGCUCAGUUUCACUCAACAAGACUCUCUUUUCUUCCUGUUGCAACACUGGAUAUUGAGGGUCGUCCAUGGGGAAGUAUUUUAAGCGGCCCGGAGGGUUUUGUCCAAACACCCAAGUAUUCCGUGUUGCGGGUUGCGGCAAAACUGUGGAAGGGAGACCCGUUACUAGAGAAUGCGGAAAUUUUUGCGAAGAGUGGAGAAAUGCUAGUGGCUGGGAUCGGGAUUGAGCUGACAACGAGGAGGAGGAACAAGUUCGCUGGGAGAGUCACGAGAUCGGAGAAGAAAGACGACGAACUAUUACUCGAUUUUACUGUCAACCAAGCCAUUGGAAAUUGUCCGAAAUACAUAGUCGUCCGUGAUCUAAUCCCUCAUGCAACUUCGCCCUUUGUCGCACAUCAAGACUUGAAUCUUGGGGUCAAUGCUCGUCUUUCCGACGACGCCAUACGGAUAAUCACCGCCGCCGACACAGUUUUUCUUGGCACUUAUUACCACGCAACUGCGGAAGACGCACUCCAUUUUCCCUCCCAUAUGGGCAUGAAUCAUCGAGGGGGGCGACCUGGCUUCAUCCGAGUAUCACCAGAAGAUAGUCGAACUGUGGUUCUACCAGAUUAUUCCGGCAAUCGCCUCAUGACUUCCCUCGGUAAUAUCGAAGCAACACCCUUAGCCUCUUUGACUUUUAUCGAUUUCGUUACUGGCGACAUCCUGUAUCUAACUGGAGAUGCGGAGAAUCUCGUUGGCGAAAGAGCUCUCCAACUGAUGCCUUUCCAAAAGUCGUUGACGACCGUAUACGUCACCGGGUACACGAUUGUUCGAAAUGCACUGCCAUUUAGACAGCGUCAAGGCAUAGAAAUGAGCCCUUAUAGUCCACCAAUCCGACUCCUCGCCACAGAAUCUAGACAGCAUCUCUUUUCCACCCAAACAUCGUCCCCGACAGCUCUCUUGUCUCGCAUCGAACUGCACUCGCCCACAAUCGCUACGUUUACAUGGCAAUCUUCUACCGCGCUCCACAUCCUUCCUGGGCAGGCAGUAAUCAUGAACAUGGCCCCUCUCGUGGGCAUUCCCGCAUACAGGCAUAUGGCGCCAAGCAAGCCGACAAUUGUCAAUGACGAUAGUGUGAGGACGUGGACAGUCUCGGCUGCCGGCAGGUAUCGAGCCCCCACGAAUGAGUUGAGCUUGACGUUACGGGAAAAGCGGGGUGGAGCGGUAACGGGCCCAUUGUUUACGAUUGCUCGCAAGCUGAAGGAAGUGCGACCUGAGGUUCUACAAGAUGCCACCGGACUCGAACUGCGUGUCGCAAUUGUUGGUAUUGCGGGAGAUUUUGUCCUCCCAAGCAACGUGGAGGACCAUAACGGCGACCUUUCAAAACCAGAACCCGUACCGCACAAGAAGCUACUUUGGAUGGCUGGUGGGAUCGGGCUGACACCCUUUCUGAGUAUGCUACGCUCCCUCGUUGAGCAAAGCAGCAGCUAUCAGUGGGACAUCAACUUCAUAUUGGCUUCGGCCGAACCACACGUCCUCGUCCCCCUCGUUAUGGACGCCUUCAGUCCCCAACCCAACAUCCAUCUCUCACUCGACAUAUUCACUCGGAUGUCCGACUAUGUCUUUGCUUCCUCAGAGCACGACAAUGUUGUGGUCCGAGUUCAUCAUCGUCGAGUGCCAAGAGAUUGGUUCACCCGUUCAGACAUGGUGGAUUUGGAAGAGCGGGAGGUCUAUUUGUGUGGCUCUCCCGAGUUCGAGACAGCUGCGAUGGAUGCGUUGAUCGCUGGUGGUGUCUCGGAAGAGACGGUGAAGAGAGAGGGCUUCGAGUAUUAA